AUGCGUUUGUCCGGUAGCAUCGCCUUGUUUGCUGUCAUCACCGUGGUCCUCGGAUGCCUUAAGGUUGGGUACUUCGUUGGGUUUUCUGACUGCUUGUCAGCCACCGAGGGCGUGUUCCCCGUCACGCACGCAGUGCACACGCUGGUGCAGGUGUACUUUCUUUGGGGACACGCCAAGGAUGUCAUCCAGUCUUUCAAAACCCUGGAAAGGUUCGGGGUGAUCCACUCGGUGUUCACCAACCUGCUUCUGUGGGCCAACAGCGUCCUGAACGAGUCAAAGCAUCAGCUGAACGAGCACAAGGAACGGCUCAUCACCCUGGGCUUCGGCAACAUCACCAUAGUGCUGGAUGACCACACGCCGCCGUGCAACUGCUCCCCGCCGGCUCUCUGCUCCGCCAUCUCCCACGGCAUCUACUACCUCUACCCUUUCAACAUCGAGUACCAGAUCCUGGCCUCCACGAUGCUCUACGUCCUGUGGAAGAACAUCGGGCGCAGGGUGGACAACCGUCAGCACCGUCAGCACCGGAAGAUGCAGUUCUGGUUCCAGGGGGUGGCGGUGGGCUCGGGCCUGGGCCUGGCAGUGCUGGCCGCCACCAUCGGGGUGGUGGCCGUGUACCUGAUCCACAUCGGCCGCUCCAAGACCAAGAGUGAGUCUGCGCUCAUCCUCUUCUACCUGUAUGCCAGUGCCCUGCUGACGCUCAUGGGGGCCGCGGGGCUGGCCGGCCUCCGGCUUUACAGGCUCGACGAGCAACCACCGGACGAGUCCAGAAACCCGGCCCGCAAACUGGACGCGGACCUCCUGGUGGGCACGGCCUCUGGCUCCUGGCUCCUGUCCUGGGGCUCCAUCCUGGCCAUCCUCUGUGCCGAGGCCCGCCCCGCCUACACCUGGUACAACCUGCCCUACUCCGUCCUGGUCAUGGUGGAGAAGUACAUCCAGAACCUGUUCAUCAUCGAGGCCACGCACCGAGCGCCCGGCAUGCCCGGCGAGGACAUCAGGGCCCUGCACGUGGCCGUGGUCUGCAAUGGCAGUGACGCGCCCCUGGCUUCUUCCUGCCCCAAGAGUGAUGCUGUGGCCCGGGACCUGGGCAGCCAGAUGCCACCGGCAGCCAACGGAAGUCUGUGCCUGAGAGAAGUCAGUGGCCCGGGGGAGGCCGAGCCGAGCUGGGCAGGGGCCCGGGGCCCGGCCUGCCGCCCCCGCCUCUUGCAGGGCAGCACCCAGAGGAGCGUCCUGAGGAACAUUGCAGCCUUCUUGUUCCUCUGCAACAUCUCGCUGUGGAUCCCCCCCGCCUUCGGCUGCCGGCCCGAGUACGACAACGGCUUGGAGGAAAUCGUCUUUGGCUUCGAGCCCUGGAUCAUCGUGGUCAACCUGGCGAUGCCCUUCUCCAUUUUCUACCGAAUGCACGCAGCUGCCUCCCUCUUUGAGGUCUAUUGUAAGCUCUAG